AUGUCCCUUUCGACUCGAAACCUCAUUCUUGAAAGUUUUCUUGUGACAUUUCCUUUUCUUUUCAUAUCGUCUCUCAUAUCCCUGCUCUAUCUAUCUAUCUAUCUAUCUAUCUAUCUAUCUAUCUAUUACAGAGGGACUUUUAUCUAUCAUAUGGAAUUUUAUCUAUCUAUUAAAGUGGGACUUUUAACUAUCUAUCAAUUGCAUAGGAUCUUUUACAUAUCUACAACAGAUAGAAUGAAUCUAUCUAUCUAUCUAUCUAUCUAUCUAUCUAUCUAUCUAUCUAUCUAUCUAUCUAUCUAUUACAGAGAUCUUUAUCUAUCUAUCUGUCUAUAUAUCUCUCUAUCUCUUACAAAGGGCAUCUAUCUAUCUAUCUAUCUAUCUAUCUAUCUAUCUAUCUAUCUAUCUAUCACAGAAAUCUAUCUAUCUAUCUAUCUAUCUAUCUAUCUAUCUAUCUAUCUGUCAAUUACAGAUCGAUGCAAUUGUUUUUUUAAAUACGUUUUUCAGGGAAUCUUGUCCUCCGUACCUCUGCUCAACAUUUCGCUCACUGAUAAUCGGCGACUUUUACUUUUUACACACCAUUGUCAUAUUCUAUCUUCUAAUCGUCCCUUAUUUAAAUUCUCUUCCUUGGAAUUUCAUUUCAUCUAUCUACCACAGAUGAUGGAAUCUAUCUAUCUAUCUAUCUAUCUAUCUAUCUAUCUAUCUAUCUAUCUAUCUAUCUAUCUAUCUAUCUCCGUUGGAUCUAUCUAUCUAUCUAUCUAUCUAUCUAUCUAUCUAUCUAUCUAUCUAUCUAUCGCCGUUCCAUUUAUAUAUCUCUUUUGGGGUGCUCGUUGUUUCUUUCCAUCCGUUCCACUUUUUGAUAUCACUCAUAUUUUUUCAUCUUUACUUUCUUUCUUCCCCUCUCAGUCUAGCGUUCUCACUUCUUUUUUUUUCUUUCUUUCUUUCUCUUUAGGGGCCACUGUAAUUACCGUUCUUUUCACUUUUGUCUCUUUACCGUUUUUCUCUCUUGAAGCCCUCUAUACAACCUGGAUACCUUUAUUGUUUAUGUCUCUCGCAAUGUAUUAUUUUCUCUCUAUCUCUCUCUGGCUCUCUUUGGUCUUGCUUACGCGUCUUUCUUUUUAA